GAAGCCAUUUUAUGACCCCAACGAUUGUGGAUCAUGGAGUUCCCUGAGGAAGAGCCCAUCGAUUUGUCAGAAGAUGAUUUAAUACUAAUAGCACUAACAUCAGAAGAAAUGAUCUACCAACAACAACAAAUGCUUGCCAACCAAAAUGCGGAAAUGGCCCGUUGUCAGAGCCCUGAACAUGUUGACGGUCCCAGAACUGAAAAUGCCAGCGGCCCCGGCAUGGACAAUGCCAGCGGCCUCGGCACUGAAAACGCCAGAGGUCCCAGCAGGGAAAGUGCCAGCGACCCCAGCACGGAAAGUGCCAGCGACCCCAGCAGAGAAAGUGCCAGCGACCCCAGCAGGGAAAGUGCCAGCGACCCCAGCAGGGAAAGUGCCAGCGACCCCAGCAGGGAAAGUGCCAGCGACCCCAGCAGAGAAAGUGCCAGCGACCCCAGCAGGGAAAGUGCCAGCGACCCCAGCAGGGAAAAUGUUGCUGACCAUAGCACCGCAACAACCAGCAACGAAGUCGCUGGACUUCAGGUUGACCAAGGCCCUGGAACUGAUGCUGACGGAGGUGCCCAAGCUGCUGCCCAAACUCCUUCCGAAAACCUCCCAGAAAAGACAGACAUGACUAAAAGCCAGGAUGAAGUUCCUCAUGAACUUGAGAACCAGUUUAUAUUACGUGUGCCUCCGGAAUAUGCUUCUACUAUCAGGAAAAUGGUGCGUUCUAGAGAUGUCGCCAUGAAGGAUAAACUAAAAAUUGACCUCUCUCCUGAUGGGCGCAGAGCAACCGUUGAAGUGGACAAGGUCUCACUGGCUGCCAAGCUGGUUGAUUUGCCCUGUGUUGUUGGAAGCAUGAAAACUUUUGAUAAAAAAACCUUUUUUACAACAGCAGACAUUUCCCAGAUGCUUGUGUGCACUACUGCUGAUGAUCAGCCGCAGUCUUCUCCAGAGGAACCAGUUGCCUCUGCUGAUCUUGAUUUAAUGGAUAUAAGUGAGAGAGAGAAGAAGAAGAGUUAUACCUGGAAACAUGGCAUUACUCCACCACUUAAGAAUGUCAGAAAGAAAAGAUUCCGGAAAACAACAAAAAAGCUUGCUGAUUUAAAAGAACUUGAAGAAAUCAGCUUUAGUGAGUACGUUGAUUCUCCAGCUGUGGAAAAGGAAGUGAAGAGACUGCUGUAUUCAGAUGCUGAAGCCAUCAGUGCCCGAUGGGAAGUCAUUGCCGAAGGUGAAGACAAGGAAAUUGAAAGUCAAGGCUGCAUUUCAGGCUUCAAGAUAUCCCCAGGAUCAAGCGGCGAGAAGCGUGGUCGUAUCUCAUCAGAAUAUAAUAUUCUUCGGGAGAUGUUCAGUUUUAGUAUUGAUAAUGAGGAGGAAGAGGAGACAUCGUCAACAAAGAAGGAUGAGGACGAAGACGAGGAAGAAGAGGAUGAAGAGGAUGAGGACGAAGACAUGAUAGAGGAAGAGGAGGAGACUGAUUGUGAAGAGGAUCUGGAAAGGGAGCUACAAGCCAAGUUGCUUGAAUCUAACCUGUACAAGUCAAAGGAAGCUUCCAAUGCCCUAGUCCUAACAAUUCAGAAGCAGAUUCAUUUCUUGGAGAGAAAGCUCCGUAACAUUCAGUGCCAAACACAAAGACAGAAUCAUCUCUUCAUGAAAGUGGAAAGCCUGCCACUCAAGAACCACUUAAAGUCUGUGCUGGAGAAGCUUAACUUAGAAGAGAAACAAAGAAAUGAGCAGCUCAUUUCCCUGCAGGAGAAACUGAAAUGUAUUCUGAAGAAGUGAGAGGCAUCGUCAGCCUGGCACACAAACCUUAGAUUCACCAUCCAGACUGAAAACUGGAUAAAAUAGUGCACAAUUCUGUUUCUUCAUCUGUUGCCUAAUGUUGAAUCAAUUGUAUUUGCUUCUCAGAACUUUUUUUUUUUUUUUGCUAGUUACAGUAGCUUUGAAGUUCAUAGUCACAUAGAUGGGGAAAGUAUAAAAAAGCAGUAGACUUAAAGUCCCCACUCAACCAUGGGGACUUUGCUUCUCUUUGCCAAUUUGAGAAUUUCUACUAUUGUUCCUGUACUGUGGUGCCAUCAGAUGAUUCAGCUGUGCUUGCCAAGGGCAGACAAUCUAGCCUAGAUACUAGUCAGCUGGGCUGUAUAUGUUUCGGCUUUUCCAAACUCUUCUGUUUAAGCAUUUCCUACAACAUAGAAAGAAUUGAGUCAUUUCUACCAAGGGCUUGGGCCUGCUACAGUGAAUUGAAGUGCCUACAUUACAGCAGUUAAUACUAGGUCAUGCCUGUCUCUGUUCAGGUAAUAGGGUUGCUUUCCUGCUCAGGGGUGCUUGCUUGCUGCUGCUGCUCUUUCUUCUGUUGCGUUUUCAGCCCUGUGGCUGCCUGUUAUUCAUUAACUAAUGUAACAGAACAGAGACAAGAAACUCUGAACUGUUCCCCUUAUUCUGAGCCUUCUCAUCCUAACACCCAUCAGAAAACAUUAGGAGAAACCAGAUGUCUGUAGUACCUAUGAAACUUUCCUUAACAACUCUAACUGGCUGGUGAAGAUUUUUUUUCCUGUUAUAUGAUCAAGGUUUUCUUUAAGCAAUAAAUAAAUUCUGUCUUCUUUAAGCA